UCGCGAGGUUUCCCACUGACGGCGAGUUGUUCUCCAUCUGUCAUGGCUGCUGCGCGGAGGCUGAAGACAUGUGCGGUUUCUCCGGCGGGGAAACACUCUGCCUCGGUCAUCUUCCUGCACGGCUCAGGUGACACUGGGAGGGGACUGAGAGCCUGGGUUCGAGAUGUAAUGUCCCCAGAUCUGGCCUUCAGCCACAUCAAAGUUAUUUAUCCCACAGCCCCAGCUAGGCCGUACACACCGAUGAGAGGGGCUAUGUCCACUGUCUGGUUUGACCGUCUCAAGAUCUCGCGGGACUGCCCAGAGGACCUUGAGUCCAUAGACGACAUGUGCAGCACCUUAGGGUCCAUCAUCGAGGGCGAGGUCAACGCCGGGAUACACAAAGACAGGGUGGUCAUUGGUGGAUUCUCGAUGGGCGGAGCCAUGGCGCUCCAUCUGGCGUGUCGGUACCACCCUGAUGUAGCAGGAGUUUUUGCUCUAUCCAGCUUUCUCAACAAGGACUCUGUCAAUUUUCAGGCUGUGGAGGAGCGGCUCAGAGCAGGACUCUCGCUGCCCGAGUUGAUCCAGUGCCAUGGGACCAAGGAUGAGCUGGUGCUUCAUCAGUGGGGAGAGGACACAUCCAUGCUGCUGAAGAAGGCUGGCAUGACCACUACCUUCCACUCCUUUCCAGGCCUUAAUCAUCAGCUCUCCCAGCCUGAAAUGGAGCUGCUGAGAGGCUGGAUCCUCAACAAGCUUCCUCCUACCACCUCCGCUGACUCCCAGAGUUAGUGGUUUUAUCAAUGUUUUCCUUGUUGUUUUAACCUAAUGUAAACUGCACCUCUCAAUACCUUUACACAAAGACAUUUGAAGAAGCCACACAGUAAGAACCCAAUGUGUGUUUUCUGUAUGGAGUGUAUCUUAAUAAUUUGUUCAUCAACUGAGAUGGAUGUCGGUCAACAAAUAAAGAGGCUUUAUGUUUUUAUUAAUAGGUACAUAUCUACAAUUUGACAGAUGCUGUAAAUAUCUGUCCCAACAUCCAUUUAAGUAAAUUUAAUUAUACGUUUAUCAAGGGAAGGUUUGGCAAAUUAUUUCUUUUUAACUAGUUUGAAAUCUUUUCAUGUCCAGGUAGCUUUAAUAAAUUAAGUUGUCUGAAAAUAA